AUGGGGCCGUGUCAACCAUUUUGUCAGCCAUUUGAUUUCAAAAGCGCGCGAAACGAGCGCGUCGCUCGCCGCCGCCGGCGCCAUUUUGAUUUUAUAUUGUCGUGUGUUUGCCCCCCGCGCGUCAUUCGUCAAUGUGCAUCGAAGGAGACUGCAGUAAAUAGUUGUUCAGUGAGUGAUUUAGCACCUUAUACGUUACUGAUUUGUGAUUUUCAACAAAAAAUGGAAGAUUUUGAUGAUGAUUUGGACUACGAACUAUCGCAAUUAGAUUUAUCAGAGUAUAAUCAAAAAUGUAACACAUUAUCGAAUUGUGUACUACAAGUAUUUGACGUUGAUCUCCAUGAGACAAUAUCAAUCGCACGAACCAAAAAUCAUCAUCGAUGGCAGAUUUUAUCUGACAGUGAAGAUGAUCAGAUUCCCAUAUUACCGCCCUCACGAAAUACAGAAGUAUGA